AUGUCUUGUCUAUUCUCUUUAUCUACUACUACUACUAUGCUCACUGCAACACACACACACAAUAGCAGCGUUCAAACAUAUAUAUUAUGUGAAAAAGUUUGUAUGAUUUCAGCACAGCAUAAGAAUAUUCUCUUUGGACCCAAAUUAUUAGAUAUAUCUUUUGACCAAUCGUCACACCCAGAAUUAGUCAUUGGAAAAAUAGCAGCAGCACUUCUAGAUGAUAGACAGGACUGGUUGUUGAUUCCAACAAACACAACAUCAACUCACUCACUCUACCAACAACAAAGUGGUGAAGAAGAUUUACUCUUUUCAAACCUUUUGCAACAACAACUACAAGACGAAGACUAUAAUCAACAACAACAACAACAGGAGGGAGGAAUAAUAAUAGGAGCAGCAGGUUUUGUUGACAUUAUCAUUGAAUAUCCAACAAUAGUUCACAACAAUUGCGGAAGACGAAGACUAUACGCAUCAUCACCAUCAUAUUUUUACAAUCCACCACCACCAUCAUCAUCAUCAUCAUCAAACACUAACCCCAUUUCCAAACCAUAUUUUUCUCAUUUCAAACGAUCAGAUCCAUACAUGGAGCACCAAAAUCAUUAUUCACCUCCCCAGUCACCUCUCAGUGUAUCUGACCCGAUGACUGGGUACUUUCAAAAUCUACAAUCACCCGACAUCAACAUUAGAAAAUCAGCUAUCGAAAAUAUCAUUACAACUCUGUCGAACCCAGACAACGAGAAACUUCUGAGAAGCUAUAUAAACAACAUCGUAGUGUUAGCUACAGAGUCUCCAUUCGAUGAAAUUACAGAGUCUUUUUCAAAUUUAUUAAAAUCUAUACAGGAUAAAUAUCAUAUACCAAAACAAAAAACAACAUCGUUUAUAAAUGAAACACAAUUACCACCAUUAAAUACGAAUGAUGAACUUACAAAGAGAUUGUUCCAAGAAGUGUUUUUACAAUCGGGUCGAGUAAACCAUAUCGUUCGUCUGUUGGGUUGGCACCCACAAUAUCUGGAGAGAUUUCUGUCGAGUUACAAUAAAGUGAUGAGAGAUCCAGGACCUCUUCCACUACCUUGGAGAAAUUAUAUUGGACAGGACGCAUGGUCCAUAGCGGAAUUGGUUCAAGCAAUGAUUUUAAUUUGCACUUUUCUCUCGCUGUCUGGCUUUGUGUUUUCCUGUGGAAUUCUACCAGAGUACGGUCUGUCGCAGGAGGAGAGACCUCAGUUUUCACUGAAUGACAGUGACUGCGAAGUCGAAGACAGCUCAGCAUCGGAAAACACCAUUAAGGUCAUGGAGUUGCUCAUGAAGAAACGCUCACAGGAGGAAGACGAAGAGGACCAGGAUAUCGAUCGUCAACAAGAGUUUCACAAUGCAGGAAUGGAGUCUGGCCCACCUUUCGAGACGGCCAGCAGCAGUAGUGGCGGCGGUGGCGAUUCCGACACGGGAAUGAUCGACCUCGAACGAUACAUCGGCAACUAUACAAUGUCUCACACCGACUUUGACGUGUCAUCCCGUGAGUACACAAUCUUCUCCAUUCAGGACUACAGUUGGAAGGAGCACGGUUACGAGUUGGUCAGUCGAAUCUUCCCGGAUGCCGCACCACUGCUCGACGAAGAAUUCAACUUCGUGUACACAAUGACCUAUUACCGAUUUAAUAACAGUACCGAUAUCGAUACAUUACCAUUCAGACGUGCCGUUUGGUACUAUGUACAGCGUGUUAAGGGAAUGUGUCACGACGACUACAACUAUCAGGAGGUAAACAUGUUCCUUAACCGUAAUCUCAAGUACUAUGUAAAGAAGGCAGUUUGUUUCCCAGACAACAUCACCAAAGUCGAUUAUUCAAAAUUAGGUUUUGAUUUGAAACCGGAUGAAAAGUGUCAUCUGGCAUUAUUAGCUGUAUGUUCUCAUAAACAAGCAGCUCUUUUAUAUGGAUUAUAUACAGUUAUGUGUUACCAAAAUCGUAGAUAG